GGCAUCUUGUUGCACGUGUGAUGUUAUUUUCACAUUGAUUCUUCCCCAGAAUUCCGUUUCAAGUGCUUAAAAUAUUUAUGUGAAUCAUUUAUAAAGCACCAUCGAAUAAUUAUUGAUAAAAUAAAAAUAUAAAAAUGGUGGUGAUUGGGAAAAAAAAAGUAUCAAACCGGAGAGGGUGCACAGUUCAUGACCCGAAAAGCCGCUCUAAAAAAGCUUCAAUUAUCGUUAACAGAAUUCCGAAAGUUGUGUAUAUUAAAAGGGAUAUAUCCAAGAGAACCGAGAAAUCGUAAACGUGCCCAGAAGGGAAAAAGUGGUAUAAAGACCCUAUACCACGUCAAAGACAUUCAAUUUCUGUUGCACGAGCCGAUAGUAUGGAAGCUACGAGACUACAAGAUUUUCAAUCGAAAGGUUGGACGAGCAAAGGCAAUGAAGGACUUUGCAGCAAUGAAGAGAUAUUUGAAUAAUCAUCCAACCCUAAAACUCGAUCAUAUUGUCAAGGAGCGAUAUCCAACGUUCAUUGACGCCUUGAGGGAUUUGGACGACUGUCUAACACUCUGCUAUCUAUUCAGCACAUUUCCAUCAAUGGCCCACGUCCCAAGAGAUCAAUCUGCCCUCUGCAGAAGACUCACUGUUGAGUUUAUGCACGCUUGCAUUGUAGGAAAUUAUCUGAGAAAAGUUUUUGUGUCCAUCAAGGGAUACUACUACCAGGCAGAGAUCAAGGGACAGACCAUCACCUGGAUCACUCCUCACCAUUUCUCUUUCGAACCUCAGUCGAAAACUGAGGUUGACUUUAGAGUCAUGUCGACGUUCGUUGAAUUUUAUAUCACAAUGCUGGGAUUUAUCAACUUCAGACUUUAUCACCAGUUGAAUCUCCAUUAUCCGCCCAAGUUUAAUUCCUACGGUAAUAACGAAAAAUCACUUGUCGACGAAGAAGCUUACGUAUCGGAGCGAAUAGGCGCUCUCAACAUUCCUCUGAUCCGCUUAGACCCGACCACCCAAGCUGCUGAAGAGGAAGACGUCGACCUCGACAAUUUUUCCACUGAAACUGACGAAACAAAGCUCGAAGAGGCUCGUGCUGAGGCAAACAAACUAAAAAUGCUAAAAACCCUCUUCCAAGGAAAAAAAUUCUUUCUAAAUCGUGAAGUGCCACGAGAGCCUUUGGUGUUCGUCAUUAGAUGUUUUGGAGGUGAAGUUUCCUGGGAUAAACUUUCCUUCGUUGGUGCAACAUUCGAUGAGCACGAUGAAUCCAUCACUCAUCACAUUGUCGACAGACCUAGCAUGGAUAAGCAGUACAUUUCAAGAUACUACGUUCAGCCCCAAUGGAUUUUUGAUUCUGUCAAUGCCAGGGAACUCUUUCCUGUUGAUAAAUACCUGAUGGGGGCUGUAUUACCACCUCAUUUGUCACCUUUCCAUAACGCUCAGUUGGAUCAGGUGUACAUACCCCCAGAGGAACGUGCCCUCAUGGAUCCAUCAUUCAAGUUGAAUAUUGGAGGUGAUGAAGAGUCUGAGGAUGAAGAGGAGGAACAAGAACAAGGUGAAGAGACUGGCGAAGAUGAGGAGAUUAUAGAAGCCACUGAUGAAGACGAGGCGACAGAGGAUGACGAGGAUGAUGACGAUGAUGAAGAUGAAGAAGAUCGCGGUGACGAUGGCGAAGGAGAAACGAGUCAGGGGAGUAAAAAGCGUGGGCAGAAGCAAAUGGCACGUAACGCUUUACACGAAGAGAAGGAUCAGCCGAACGAUAAAGAGCAACAGCGAAUCGCCAAGACAAAAGCAAUGAAGGUUAAACCUGGUGCACCUCUUCACGAAGAUCCUUGGGCCAGGGCGAAACAAGAGAAGCAGGAAUUUCGACUGCGUGAGAAAAUGGUGCGGAAAAAACACAGAAAGUUGUAUAAGAGCAUGAUGGCGGGGCGAGAAAAUAGGGCCAAGGAGAUUUGGCUUUUGAGAAAGAAGAGGAGAAUUCAUGAGGAAGGAGAAAAAGAUAAGAGGAAAGAAGAGAGAAAAUCCAAAAAACUCAAAUGUGUUUGAUUAUAUUUUUUACCUGUAUUGAAUCACUGAAUAAAGAGAGAUGAAUGAAUAGAAAA